AUGCUGGACAAGGCAGACCAGGAGGCUCUGAUCAUGGGCUUGUCCCUCCACGACAGGGGGAAAGGGCUGAUGGAAAAGGAGGACUACCGAGGCGCGCUGGAUAUUCUGCUGGUGUCAGAGGAGGCCUUCAGCUGCUGCAACUCCUCCAUCAAGCACAGCGCUGACAAUGAGGGGCUCCUGAUGCUGGACAUCGUCUGGUGCUACUUCCAGCUGAGGGAUGCGGCCAGCCUGGGCGCUGCAACCGAGCGGCUGGGCAAAGCGCGAUCGUGGCUGCAGCGCAGCCAUGGGCCUAACCUGGAGCGCAUGAAAGUGCUGCACGGCGACUUCACCCCUGAGCUCACCACGUAUGUGCGGCUGGAGCUGCUGGAAGGUGUGGGGGCGUUCCAUGCGGGUGACAAUGCCAAGGCAAAGGCGGCGCUUGAGGGGGCGCUGGCCAAGUGGGAGAGGCUGCAGGUGUCAGACGACCGCCUGGCCGAGCUGCUGGCCAUGGGCUUCACCUCCAGUGAAGCGACGCGGGGCCUGCGUUUCUGCGCGGGGGACUGCGAGAGGGCCGUGGGCUUCAUCAUGGAGCAGCGGCGGCUGCAGCGCGAGCGCAAGGACCGGCAGCGGCAGGAGCGGCGUCUGCGGGCCGAGCAACGCAGUUACGGGCGCUGCCCCAACGGCCUGCACGUGGACAUGCAGCUGCUGGAGCGCCUCACCCUUCUUGGCUACGAGCGCCAGCUCGCCGCCGAGGCCCUGCGCCAGGCACGGGGGUUUCUGCUGGAGGCCAUGCCAGAGUGGGUCAAUAACGACAUCCAGGUGGCUCUAGAUAUCCUGAGCAACCCCAUGGCCAAUGCCUCGCUGCAGCAGCAUCUGGCCACGAUCAAGCAGGCCUCCAACAAGCGAACAAAGCCCACUGUGGAUGAGGUAGCCGUGGCAUCCCUGGUGAGCAUGGGGUUCCCUGAGAGCGAUGCAAGACAGGCUCUGGAGCGAUGUGCAGGCAGCAGCGAUGUGUUGCAGGCUGCAAUGGAGUACCUCUUCAGCCUGACGGCAGAGGGUUCCACUGGCACGCAGGCAGACACAGAAGUCCAACAAGCCACAGAUGGUUCCAAUGGCAUGGAACAGGAAGGGCAGGCAGCUAGAGCGGAGCAACCGGGCCCCAGUGCUGCGCCGGAGCAUGCAAUCCCAGUCCGCCAGCCAUCAAACUCACCAGGCACUAGCAGCAAGGGAUCAGACAGGGAUGAGGAGAUGGAGGAGGAGCUGACUUCCUCAGCGCGCACCGACCCAAUGUCAGCCUACGACAUCGAUGUGAGCCAGGAAGGCGCUGCCAUCCAGGAGUACAUGGCCCUUCUUGGCAGCUGCAAUGUGUGAGUGCAAUUGUGUCAUGAGUAGGCUUGCUCAUUCUGCUUUCCUAAGCGAGUGAGAGCACUUUUGUAUAGCGUCCUGCAUCCAAUCUUUCUGCAUACAAGAGUCAAAAUUUGUAUACAAGUGUACAGAGGUGCUUUGCCAACACCAGCAUUUGCCAACAAUCGCAACCAAAAUUUCCUUGUUCUGCAAAGCACAAAAAUCGCUAUUUGAGUAAUAUUUAUAGGGCUCUGUAGCCACAAAUUUUGUCAAACUCAAAUCUUCAAGCCCGCUGGCCCUAAUGGUACUUUGGGCCCGGUAGAAGAAUCAGUGUUGGGGGGUGUAUUUGCUGUAUUGUGCAUAUUUGGAGUCAACUCUGGAUACAAAGGCAACACUGUCCUCACGAAAAUGCCAUGUAAAGAAAGUGCAAGC